AUGGAAAGCAUGAAUGAAAGAGACCGACCAUUCAUGACAAUUCAGAAAAAAGAUAACUCAGAUAAUCUGAUAUUUCGUAUGAAAAAUGGAAUGAGAAGCAUUAACUAUAAGCCAGUAGACUAUCAGCAAUUGCACACAUUAACUGAAGCAAAGAAAUUAGCUGCUGCCUCCACAGAGCUAAAGAUCAGAAAAGCAGUGCAGACUUCAAAGAUAUCUAAGGAACAACAACUAAUAAAACAGCACAGGCAGGUGUGGUGGCAGGAACACCAAAGGCUAAAGGAAGUCGGGUGUAAAGUGGAAUCUGAAAUAAAAUCUUUUUUUAAAGAAGAGAACAUUGGAAAUGAAUGUCUGUCUGACCUUAAGAAUUUUGAACAAGAGUUAUCUGAACAAUGGUGCCUGUAUCUUAAAAAUGUGAUAAAUCCUAUUCAGCAAUUGAUAGCAGACCUAAAAUACAGACAGCAUCACAUUGCACAGCAUUCACACUCACACAGUGAGUUGAACUCAGUGGAUGUACUGGAAGAGGUUGACUCUGUGAAGAAACAAUUAAAAGCUGUCUUUGAAAGACUUAGCCUGGAGCAACAGAAUUUAGAAAAUAAUCUUUCAGACUGGAGUAUUAAAAUAGUAGAUCAUUAUUCAGAAGAAAGGAGGAACCUGCUUAGUGAACUGCCAAUAGAAUUAGAAGCUUUGGAAUGCCCAUACCCUGAUUUGAAAUCUUCAAUUUUUAAUGAGUUCUGUAACUUUACAGAGAAAUACCAAAAGAAACUUCAAGAUUUUGAUCUGCAGUUAGAAGACAUAAAUAGAAACUUCCAAUUAAGUGAAGAAGAACACUGGAUGUACCAGGCUGUUUUGGAUCAGUAUCCUGGAGAUCUCUGUGGCAGAAGGACUCUGUAUCUGGACAUGUUACAACGGUAUUUUCCUCACAAAUCUAGGCAUGCUUUGGUCGAACAUGAGAAAUGUUGUGACCAAUAUCACUUUGCAAGGGAGCAGCGAAGGGUCCUGAUAUCAAACUGGAAUAAGAAUAGGAGGGAUUUUAUACAGAAGGCUGUGCUGACACUUGCCGAGGCCUGUGCGGCUCAUGAAAUGGAGAGCACGUUGGCUAAGGACAGGAGAAAGCAGCAGGAUUUGUGUGCUGACCUGAAAGCCAAGGUUCUUCAAUGGCGAGCCCACCAGGAAGAGGUAGCACAGCUGGAAAUGGAAAUUUCUGCCAGAAGAAGGGAAAAGGAAGAGGAGAAGGAGAAACUGUGGAAGAAGAAGAAAUUGUUACAAAGAAAAGAGAAGAAAGAAAAAAUCAGAAAAUACUGGGCUAAAAAAGAACAGAAUUGGCAAGAAAUGGAAAUGAGAGAUCUUCGGCGUCUAGAAGAAUUGAAGAAAAUAAUGGCUGAACAGUCAGUAAAAGACAGAGAAAGGGUUAACUACAGACAACAAUUAUUGGAAAAGCGUUUGAUGGAGAAAAAAGAGGUGGCUCUUCAAGAAGCACAUGAAGAAGAAGAAAGGGAGAGGCGGCUUGAAGCCCUUAGGAAACAGGUUGCUAUUGUUGCUCAAUUUGAUCCUGUUAGAAUGAUGUCAGAUACAAUGGCAUCGAAAGCGAGGAUGGGUAUUGGAAUUGAGGAAGAAUUUAUUCUUCAAAAGCCACUCUUCACAUUGAAUACAUACAACGAACAGCAGAUAAUUUCUGACCCUAGACUUCGUUUUGAGUUAGCCCUUCGAGAAGCUGGACUUCAUAAAACCUUUUAUGCCAAAGAGAUGUUACCAAAAAUCAGUCCUCAAAAACCACCAAGAAAGGACAUGGAAUCUACUGUAUUUAAAACCUAGAGUUCAUCUUCAAAUCCUAUUAAAUGUAAACAAAAUUUUUCUCUGAAUACAUUUAUAUGGAUAACAAUGAUUACUGCUUUCUAAAAUUUUUAAAAAUAUUGACAUAGAAUCAUAGCAUCUAU